CUCAAGGUGGGUGGGUUGCCUGUCUGUCUUUCCAUCUAAUCUAUGAGGGUUGGUUGUGGUGGGCUGGGCCCGUGUGGAAAUGGAAGUGGAAGGGGGAGGGCAUGUAGGCUGCCUGGUAGGGGUGCGGGGUGUACGACGGCAUGUUUGGGUGAUGGGGUGGCCAAACAGGCGGGUACGCAGCCUCCACAUGCCCAUGCUGAGCGAUCGGCCGCUUCGUUGUCCCCUCCCUCUCAACCGGCGGAUAAGUGGCGUUGCCAGUGUGGUAAUUCACCAAUCGGGCGGCCGGCGCACCAAAAUGAUGCGGCCUGGGUGGUGGGAAGGGCCUGAGGUGGUGCUGGAGAUGCAUAUAUGGAGAGAAGGAUGGGUAAGACGGAGGCAGCAGGGGAUUAGUGGCAGGGGAGGGAGAGUGGGUGAGAGCAGCCUGGUGCAGCUUCGGCUUGGCCUGUGCGUGUUGGGGGCCGGAGGGGGAGAGGGGAAGCUGAUUGCUCGGGGACGUCAGGAUUCCACUCGCCUGCUGCUUGUGCUUGUGCUCCGUCGUGCUGGCCAAUGACAGCUCUGGUCCAGAAGGCAGCAUGUUGAGCUUGUGCUGCUGGUGGCUAUGGGGUGGGAGGAAUGGCGUCGAGUGCUGCACCAAGAAGGCACUGGUCGAAUGCUCGUGCUGCAAGGGAAGCUGCUGAUCCCUGGCAACGUCCAUCACGUUGUCCUGGACAUACGACGAGUGCGCGACCCCGCGGCUGCCCAUGUACUGCAUCAUGUUGGUGUCCGGUGGCUCCCCCGGAGAGAGGAAGGCAUUGGCUGACGGGGCGGGCGUCAAGUGUGGGGUGGGCAGGUGGCUGCUGCCAUGUCCUCCAAGGGAGGACCAUGGCUGGAAACUCAUGCUUGGAGGGACAGGUGCAUAUUGGGAUGGCAGCGGUAGGGGGGCGUCGAGGGCAUAGUUGAUGGACAGAGACCGGAAGCUACCGGGCAGCUGCGACAGAGAAAGCGAUGGGUUCAUGUUUUGGACACCAAGAUUGGGCGUCGAGUUGGAUGGCGCUGCUCGCGAUGUCCUUGUCAGCACGCUGUCUCUCGCCUCUGCCCCUGCUCCUGGCGCUGGCGCUGCUGCUGCUGCUGCUGCUGCUGUCGUCGACAUAUCCAGUCCCCCGGCCAGCCUGAGGUCGACCUUGCGGCUGUCCUUGUCGAAGUCGACCUCCACUCCCUCUGGGCACGGCGGCAGGGCGGGCAUGAGAUCUCGCCGGCUCUUCUUGCGGCCCUUCUUGGGCAGUAGCGGUGCGUAGUUGGCCGUCUCCUUGUCUCCGUCACCUCCAUAGGCCACCCACAGCAGCUCGCUGAGCGGCCCAAGGGGGAGCUUCCCCUUGCCGCCUUUGCCCCUGCUGCCCAGCGGGGGCGACCUUCUCAGUCCGUUGCGCCAUUUGUCCUUCUCCCGCUCAGCGGCGCUCUGUGGGGAAGGGGGGCACACGUCCUGGCUGCUGGCGAUCCGCUGAAGGCCCUCAGGGAAGAAGUGUUUCAUGACCAUCAAGACAUCCUCGCACGAGUCAUUGGUCUCGUUGAAGGGGCUGGCCGUCUGUUUGCUGCCCUUUAGUGACAUGUGGACUGUGCUCUGUGGCCGUGGGGUGGAGGGCGACCAGUUGUUGGCCGCCGAUGAGGACGAUGGCGUAAAAACGAAGGGGUAGGACGACAGCAGCUGUACUAUCCUGUCCUCCAGCUGGCCCGCGGCCAUGAAACGAAGAGACUGUAUACAUACAGGAGAACGGACACACACGCAGAGAGACAAGAAUCCAUAAAAGCAGGAUGAAAGAGAUCGGAUUGACAGGGAGUUGACCCUCUUGUUUCUUACUGACUUGCAAGAGGGCCUGUACAUCUGUUGAAGCCGCAAUGCGGUACGGCAAAUACUUCAACAGGGGCUUCUCAGCCAAUUCUUGAGACCCAGCCCCACCACCAUUACCAUACCCAGUCCCACCAGUUCCUGUGUCGCUCUCCUGGUCGGCCUCUCCAUCCUCCAUGUCGUCGCUGCCCUCUCUCUCCGUCUGGCCCGGCGAGUUGAGCAGGAAGGACAUAUGCGGCGAGGGGUAAAGCCUCAGUGCGGUCAAGGUUGGCGUGAGGGGCGGGGCGGCGGGGCAGCCCUGGAGUGCACUCUUGGCCCACGCGGCCACGAAGUGGCGCAAGGCCGACUGCACUCCCUGGAUCUGUUCCAGAUAUGGACCUGAUGCAUGAAGCAGGUGUACGCACACGCAAGGAAGGAAGGAAGGCACUCUGUCGCGGACGCAUCAUGAAUUCAUGAUAUGCACAUCUAUCUCAUUUUCGUGUCCUGUGUGCCGUGUGCGGUGAGCGUGCUGUGUGUACGUGACAGCUGGAGGCGUCGACGGACACUCUCCGGCAGCUCUUUGCUGAGUCGCCCGUCACUGACAUGUCUCAACCCCUGGGUCGACAUGACCAGCCGCUUCAGCAAAGGUGACCUCGCCAAAGCGCCGCGAGAAUUCACGUCGAGCCCCUCGACGCCAAGCCCUACUCUCUCCAAGUAUUCCAUCAGCAGCAGCCGGCCAACGAACAGCACAGCUGCUCUGCUUGCGGGCGGCGUAGAGCCGCCAUUCGGUUGAGACAUGGGGCUGGAGGGGCGCGGCGACGAAUUGCCGCUCACGCAAGUGCCCUGUCGGCGGUGUCGGGGGCUGGUCGCGGUGCCACCGUGGGCGGUAAGGUCCAGCAGAGGGGGCGAGGUGCACGCUCCUUGGCUCUUCUUCUCCGGCGCUGUGGUUGGCCUCGCUGUGUGUCGGCUGCGCUCGGCUCUCUUCUGUGCGGCCUUUGUGCUCCUCGUUGCCGAGAGUGUGGGGGCGGGGGGCAAGAGAUCAAAGCGAGACAUCAACUCUGCGAUAAUGAGCUGGUUCGUGGGGCUGGCGCGCGCCGUGGUGUCUCCCUCCCUGCCGCUGGCCUCGCCCUGCUGCCCGUCUAUGGCCGAAAGCUGUCCCUGGUGGCCCUGGUUGACCGGCGCAUGAGAGAAGAGCUGCGCAGGUUGCCGGUUGAGAGGCUCUUUGCCACUUGUGGUGAGCGAUAUGGGUUGUCUCUCAGCGCCCUGACUGUCUUGCUGACUGUCACUGGCGCCGGCGUGCCACGCCGCGGCUGCUGUUGUUGGUCGGUGGGCCCCCCCCUCCCCCUGUGUCCCGGCUGCGAUGUGCGUCUGUGCGGUGCUGAGGCGAUGGGACUGAGGAGUCUGUUCCUCAUUGCAGGGAGAUGAUGUGUCGAAGGGGGAGGGGGGCUGGAGAGAAAAACUGCUCGACAGGGGUUGCACGGUCUGCCGCUCUGUGCGACGGGUGAAGAACUGAGCGGGGGCAGGGGCGCCGUCGGAUGCCGGGAUGUUUGCAUUGCUCCUGCUGCUGCUGCUGCUGCUGUUUUUGUUGUUGUUGUUGUUGUUGCUGGUGGUGGUGGUUGUGGUGGUGUUCCACCUGAACAGUGGCCCGUCAUCUUCACCACCUUGGCUGGUGGAUUGGCUGAACAGAGAGGGGGGAAAGCCAUUGUGGCAGCGCCGCACGGUGACGUUGCCCUCCUCCUCUCCUCCUUCCUCAGGUGCAUCGUAGCGAUAUCCUCCGCCCGGGCGGUCCCUGCCAUCCCUGCUGGUAGCUGUGUCCUCAGCCCAUGCGGUCUUCUUUGCGGUCUGAAACACCGGCGGUGAGGGGGAGUCUUCCCCUUGGUCGGUCUGCUGGCCGUCGCGGGAGCGGAUGGGCGUGGCGAGGCAGUGUGGGGUGGAGAAGGCGCGAGGCAGCGAGUGUCGGGGGAGGCUGGGUGAGGAGUGGGACGAGGCCGCCAGUCGGCUGAGGUCGAUGGCUGUCUCGGGAUACAGCACGGCUGACAUCAGGUGGGUGAAUUGCUGCACGGACGGAGAAUACACACAGAGACAUCAGAGACACCAGCAGCAUAGUGAGUGCAACACUCGCUGCUUACGGCUUGGUCUGAGAAGAGCAGUCUGUAUCGCUUGACGGACACUCGUGUUGGGUAGAGGCGGAUGAAGUUCUUGGCGCGACGGAACUCUUCCAACAGAGACUGAAGCACCUUCAGCUGCCGGCUGGUCAGAUCCUGACAUACAUCAAAACAAGACAGACGCCUCUCGCAUCACGUGAAUGAAACGACAGAAAUGCAUUCAUUCCGUGCUGCAUUCCUUAUUGCUCACGUGUAUAGUCAGCUUCUUCCCCAGUUUGUUGAGCUUUGCCCGUGAUGCCGUCCAGAUGGGUUUGCGCGGGGGCGGCUCACUGUCAGGCGAGCAGCCGUUUCCAUUGCCCCCUCCGGCCACCACGGUGUCCCACGGUGAUGUCGCGCCCCCGUCCCUGUCUGACCGGUCGCUGCUGUCCUUCCUCUCGGCAGGCUUGCGGGUGGUCUUGGUCUGGUGGAUCUUGCGCAUUCGCGCCUUGUGCCGCGCCUCGUUAAGUGCCCGUCGGUCGAUGGCCGUCACACCCACAACAUUCAGCGCGUCACUCAGCAACUGGCCUUUAACCUUCCGGUCCAGGGGAGUGUCUGAAUAUCGUAUGGGUGCCAAGGGAACGAAUCAACGCAUGACUUUUGGUGCUGUCGAUGUUCGUGCGGGUAUGUAGGUACCUGCUUGGAGUGACGGGCUGAGGUUGACCUCCAUGAGCCAUGGUUUGAGGUUCGAGUCCAACAGGAUGUCAAACCCAUACAACUCAAAGCAAUUCGACCUGACACACAGGAGGCAGGAAGGCCGAGGACAGAGGCAUUUAAGAGAGACCUGAAUCUGUAGGUCAGGUAACAAGCUGGCUCACUUGUAUGGCACUGUGGUCUUAGACUUUUCGAUGACCGUAUGUUCGAUGCUCAGCAGCGUCUUCAUAAUCACGUCCAUCACCUUACGCCACACAGACUGCACACACAAAUAUACAUGAAAUGGGAUGGGCGGAGACACAGCGUGCUCCCUCAUGGCUGGCUGGCUGUCCGUGCAUGUCGACCGUACGUACGUGCAUGUCGACGCCCAUGUAUCUUAGGUGUUUGUUGAGUGCCGUCAGCGACCACUUGUGGCCGAUGUUGUCCACACGGCUGUCCUUGUUGGCCACGUAAUGGGCCGCGUUCUUGUUCACCGCAUAGUUGGUCAGGUGCUUGAAGCGAGACAGGUCGCCACAAGUGUAUCGUGAGGAUGCGAAUCGUGUGAGCCCCUCCUUGUACACGUAUACUCUCAGUGGGUCGAAUCCCGUCACCAGCACGUACACCCUCAGGUCGAACUUGAGGUCCUGGAUGAGGUACGGGUUGUCGAUGUACCGACUCACAAUGCAACCCUCCUCGCGCCCUGGCAACUCACGCAAGUCACGCAGCAAAAAGAUACCACGACCCCUUCACACAGAGAGACGCAGUGAGACAGAAAAGAGCCGUGAGAAAGAGACUGUCGUUCGUCUCCCUGGCUGACUGACCGUGAUGAGCAAGUAGGUUUGACGAUCCACAGUUGUGUGUUUUGCUGGCGGCUGGAAAUGGGUGAGUUUGUGGGGCUGCCGACCCCGCUGUACCAGUGGUAUGCGGCCACGAAGAGGUCGUACUGCUCGGGCAGAAUGUACGACUCGGGCAGGAAGUCGAACACCUCGUCGCCAUAGUACCGCCGCAUCGCUGCGAACGAGCACCACAGCCGGUCCUUGCGAGUCAGCUCAGUGCUGCCGGGGAAGUGAUUCACUCUGAAUGAGACAGACAGACAGACAGCCGAUUGAUCGGACAGACACACAUGCAAGUGGAGAGACACGGACACCACCCCGUGUGACGCGAGCCUAGCCUUCUUUCUUUCCCUGUCUAGACCCCGCCCCUUCCACUACCAUUCCCCUCCCUCCCCACUUUUGGUGUUCGUUCAUCUGUUCAUAGAUGGUGUCCCGCAGCACCGACCCCGCCCAGAGUAUCUGCCAGUCGUGGCCCUCCGUCUGAGUGAAUCCGUUGUGGAUGAAGUUCUCACGCACCAGCGGGGCGUCAGCGUGGUAUAUCUUGAACACCGGCAGACAGCUGGGCGGCGGCAGGUUGCUCGUCUUGACCAGGUCCUCGUGGUGAUACUCGGGAUCCACAUAGAUGGGCACAGGGUCGAACUUGAUCAGACUGCUGCUGUUGUUGGCCGCAACCAGCGCGUUCGUGGCCGCCGUGCUGUAGGCGCCCAGCACACUGCUGGCCUGCUGCACACUCCCGAAGAUAGAUGCGGCCAAGGUAGACGAACCCGCAGGCCCACUGCCACUGUUCUUUCGCUUUCUGCCAUCAGAUGGGUUGGCCACCAGAGCACAGGUGGAGAAGUAGAGACGCCCCAGGUUUUGAUCCCACUCUGAGUCGGGCGCGCUGAGGAUGCGAUCGGCCCCUCCGGGGUACUUGCCGUCGACCAAGAGAUCGCCAGAGUGCAGGUGACCCGACAGCAGCUGAGACAAGACAGAGAGUCCUCGCGUCGCGAUGGUGGUCGGCUGGAGGGGCGAAGUCUCCUGCUCGGCCAGGGGGGGUGAGAAGGCCCGCUUGUGCUGCUCUCGCUCGCUGCGCACGGACGUGCCUCGGACACUCUGGCUCUCUCGAACACUCAUGGGCGUGAGUGUGUAUCCUUCCUGUAGCGAUAGAUGAG